CGCCAUUUCCCUACCUCCAAGCUUUGCUGAUACAGGUUUUUCUGUCGAGCUAGCUACGCAGUAUUUUCUGUCAAGAAAUGGACGCCGCAAAUCAACUUUGCAAACUUUUUGUCGGUGGAUUGAACGUAGAUACCGACGAUGACGGGCUCCGCAAGCAUUUUGAGCAGUAUGGUCAACUGACCGACUGCGUUGUGGUUGUGAAUAAGCAGCUACAGAGGUCCCGCUGCUUCGGCUUUGUUACCUACUCGAGCGGGGAGGAGGCCGAUGCAGCAAUGGCGGCUAGGCCACAUGUCGUUGAUGGCACCAACGUGGAGUUGAAAAGAGCGGUCGCUCGUGAAGAUGCCGGAAAACCCGAGGCACUCGCCAAGGUCAAGAAAAUAUUUAUCGGUGGACUGAAAGACGACAUCGAAGAUGAACAUCUGAAUGAUUAUUUUUCCCAGUUCGGCGAGAUCGAGAAGGCCGAAGUUAUCGCGGAGAAGGAAACCGGAAAGAAAAGGGGGUUCGGCUUUGUUCACUUCACAGAUAACGAUUCGGCCGACAAGGCAGUGGUUGUAAAGUUCCACACCAUCAAUGGGCACAAGGUGGAAGUGAAGAAAGCCCUCACAAAGCAGGAGAUGCAAGCUGGUGGUGGCGGCAGGGGUGGAAGAGGGGGGAGAGGCAUGAGAGGAGGACAAAAUGGCUUCGGUGGCGGCAGAGGUGGUUACGACAGCUACGGGGGCGGUUUCGGUGGGGGCUACGGAGGCAAUAGCGGCGGUUAUGGCGGCGGCUACGGAAGUGGAGGCUAUGGCGGUGGUUAUGGAGGCGCAAGCUACGGAGGUGGCUACGGCGACCAGAUGGGAGGUUAUGGUGGCGGCAAUGGCUACAGUGACUUUGGCAGUGGGUACAGCCAGCAGUCCUCCGGGUAUGGGCCCAUGAAAGGCGGCAACAACUACGCCGGUAGGAGCCCCGCUCCAUACGCCCCCAGAGGCGGUGCGGGUGGCUACAACAGAGGGGCUUAUGGCGGCUACUAAACCCGUGGCUACGACAGACUAUUUGCAAAGAAAUGUCUUUUACACCCUCAACCGUCGGAUCGGACGACCUCAAACAGAACUAAAAAAAAUUCAGUCAUCGGGCAUCUGCCAUAAAGUACUGGCAAAAUGCCGACACUGUGAAACCUAAUCAUUAAGAAGACCUCAAAACCAAACAGGUAGCCAUGGUGACCUGACUGCCAGGACACCAAUCUGGCAAGCCUUGGUUUCCUUCAGGACUGGGGGAUUGCAGUUAAGGCUGUCCUGCCAUGGGUGAUUUGGAACCCCUGGACAUUCUGCCUAAUGUGUGCAUUAAAAUCUGUAUUGUAUUUACCAGGUUGCAAUGAUUGACUAGAAUAAACCCACUGGCAAUCUAGGAGGGUGAUGUAAUUGACUUCUUAUUCUGUUCUUACCCAUUGUAGGGAAGUUGGUCAUAAAUGUUAGAUCAUUGCAUACUAUGGAAAAAUGGACACCAAUGAUAGCCUUGGUGUGCUAUGCUUUUAAUUUGCUGCAAUUGAAAUAAAACUAUUUUUUUAAAGA